AGCUGUCACUUCUCGCGGUGCGUGUGGGAGAAUAAACAUCUGGCCAGGAAAUAUCCUGUUUUCUGUGAUAAUCCACUGAGGAAGUGCUGGGACAAUGGAAGGCCUAGAGCAGGGAAUACUAAAUGUUACAAGACGCCUGGAGGCAGAAGUGGAUGCACAAUUGGAACGUCUUGAAGCACGUCCAGAAGAGGAAUUGGCUGCCCUGCGGCAGAAACGCCUCAAGGAGUUCCAGGAGCGACAUCAAAAAUUGGAAGAAUGGCGAAAACUCGGUCAUGGUCACUACAAUGAACUUCCGGAUGAGAAGGAAUUCUUCACAGUGGCAAAAGCCUCAUCCAGUGUUGUUUGUCUCUUCUUCCGCGGAGACAUUGAACUGUCCAAGGUGUUUGCGAUGCACCUCAAAAAAUUAGCUCCGAAGCAUCUGGAGGCGAAGUUCUGUUGCAUCGAUGCCGCACGGGCCCCCUUCCUCGUGGAGCGUCUGCGGAUAAAGACAAUUCCAACCAUAGCAUUGGUACGUGAUGGAAAGACAAAGGAUUACGUUGUUGGGCUACGAGAUUUGGGGGGACGAGAAGACUUCCGGACGGAAAUCCUCGCGGCACGAUUGGCCCGUGGAGGGGCUAUUGAAGUGGAAGAUCCUGACAUUCGUCCGGACAUCCUAAAGAAGCAGAAUAUGAAGAUAAUUCGCGGCAAGGAUGACGAAUCCAGUGAUUCAGAGUGAUGCAAAUACUUUUCUAUUGUACUCCCACGCUUUUUUUAAUUAAUUAAUAAAUUCUCAAUCUCAAUGAUUUUUAA